GACAAUGUAUUUCUUAUGGAAUUAUUAGUGUUUCAACUUUUUUUUUUGUAUAUGAAUAAAUCUAUCAUUAUAUUUACCACGUUUUUUACAUGGAUAUUCUCAAUUUUAUCGACUAGCAAAAGUAUUUCAAUCAAAUAUGUGACAAAUGUUUUGUACUUUGGAGAAUAAAAAAGUAGGAAGAAAGAAAUCGUUGAUUUUUGUGGAAAUUGAUCAAAGGUCCUGUAAAUACAUUUAUUGGCAUUACCAUUGAUUUGUGUUAAAUAAAAACAACCUCUCGAUUAACAAUCGAUUUAACUCUCUCUUUGUUCCUUUCCUUUGAAGCAGCAUUUAUUCAAUUUCACGCAUCGUUGAGCGCGUGAUUAAUGAUUGCUAUUCAUAAUUAGAUAAUCCUUCUUGCCUCUAAGCAUACGACAUUAUUUCUUUUUUUCUUUACACGUGUAUACAUAUAUUUAUAAUCUAUAAAGUAAUCUAACGCGUUACAAUUGUUCUGGCAUUUCGCAAAACGUUUGGAUGAAUGAGUAAAUAAAAGAGUAUUUAUCCAAACACCGCAUCAUUAAUUAAUCUGUUCAUAAGGAGGGGAAGAAACAUAUGUGAUUUCUUGUUUUUAUUAUAAACACGCAAUAGGCAAAUAAAAAUGAAAAAAAUUACGAAAAAGCCUCACGUUAUUGUAGCUUCCGCACUUUUGUAUUUGCAUUCGUACGAAUGCAAUGAAAUAGAAAAGUUUAUUAUAUUCUCCAAAUAUACGCUCCUUAAUUAUAUUUAUAAUUACGUAUACGUGGUGUUUCAGGAUCGACGAGUACAGAAUCCCGUCCAGAGUAUUAAACGUCUUCCUGGACGUUUAAAGUGCGUUAAAGAUUCUUAAGUAAGUCUUAAAUCUAGCUGUUUAAUUCAAAAAAUCCCGCUCAAGCCGCUUGAUUUUCAACCGCAUCGAUCAAUCGAUUAUCAUUCGAUCUCUAACCAGUAGUUGACACUAAUGACGGAGAAUGACCGGAAGAGCGAAAACAGAAGAAGCUGAGUAUGGUACAUAAUCUUCGAGGCAAAGAUUGAUUUAUUUUGGUUCGUAAAUAAAACAUUAAUUAAUUACUCUUUCUUUAUUUAUAAUUAUAUGUAAUAACUAUUGUCGACAGGUGUCAACGAAAGGUUAAAUAGAUCAAAGUGUUCGGUCUUAUCCUAACCUAACGAUAUACAUAUUUGAAAACGAUAGAGAUUUGAGCUUGACAGUAGCAUCUUUAAGUUUCCUCAAAAAUAUUAUAUAUACGAUAUUUCUAUUCUUAAAAAGCUGUUACAUUCAGCCUCUUUAAGGCUACUUUUAGAGAUGCUGUUUGUCAAAUAUUUUCAUUUGGCGUCGAUAGUUAGCGCGAUCGUCGCUAACGUGCAUCUCGAUACGGAACGAUAAUCGAACGCGGCAAAUCAUUAUCGAAUUGUCGCGUGGUGGUGCAUCUAGCGUCCCUUCGAAGUCACCUAUUUCUUCAGAAAAAUUUUGUGACAUAAUGGGUUAACAUGGAUCAUCAUUGCUUCCUCAUUUAUCAUCGAGAUGUUGGAAGCUGACUCGUUGCACAUGGAACUUCGGGAGCUCAAAAUGGCGGUUAAGGCUGUUCAGACAUCGUGGAGGUAGCACCUUGAGGGAAUUUCAUUGAUGCAACGAGGGAGAGGGCAAUUUGAGGAAGUGCGUCGAUUAUGAAUUGGUGCAAAGUGCAGGCUGUUGUACACUCAGCGGAGACGUCAGCCGGUUGGAAAGAAGGGAUGAUCGUAGGAGAAGGCGCCGAAGCAUGAGGGACGUCGCAUCUUUAACGUAAUGAUGCAGAGAGCGGUGCUACUGCUCUGUUGGCUGCCGCUCCUCAACCACUGCCACGCCGUAAAUCCAGGUUGCUCUUGCGUCGUCUACAGCAGCUCGGACAGACCUCAAGGUGGCACAUUUACAACCCCUUAUUAUCCCAAAAGAUAUCCCUCGAACAUUGAUUGCCUGCUUUAUACGUUCAUCGGCCAACCCGACGAAAUCGUAAAGUUGACGUUUCAUCACUUCAACAUUCGACGUGUUCGACCCGACUGUGUGGGUGGUGACUUUGUAAAAGUGUUUCUACAUUUGGAGACCACCGGUGUUUCCGAGUAUACCCCUUGGUCCGGUGUGCUUUGCGGGGAUCUGCGUGACAUCCCGCAGGUUCUCUACAGUUCAAGAUCUACGCUUAUUUUGGAGUUCCACACACAGGGACCCCCGUCUAAUGCGACCGGCUUUUUCGGGAAUUUUCACUUCAUCAACAGACGAUUAUUCGAGACAGACGGCGUGCUCAUUCCUGGCACGAUGUGUGACCUCGAGUUUGUCAGUUCACAGUCAAAACGGCAAUACGGACGUUUCUACUCGCCACGGUACCCGUCCUCCUACCCAAAGAACAUCCGGUGCUCGUACCUCUUCCGGGCAAG